UGACCCCAUGUUGCUAUACAUACAUUUUUGGGAAGAGAUUUCUAAACAAGAUAGACUGCAACUCCACUCAGAGCCUCUGGGCGCCGCUGUCGGCCAGUGCAGAGCAAGCUCUGAUGCCCGGGAUCCCUCAGUCUCUACGCUGCAAUUUCCUGCGCUUGAAACAAAUACACACCAAGGGGAACUCUCACUCACACAGACUAAGACACCGAUUCCCGGCCCCAAACUGGGGUCCCGCUGUCCGGGACCAAACCGACCUCCACCCCGGUAGACUGCACUCUCUCCUACUGUGAAGAUCCGAAGACCUACAGAGAACUCCAGCCAGCAAUGGAAAGGAGCAGCGCACAGAGGCAGCGCCCCGGCCGCCCGCAGGUACUGUUUACCCUGCUGCUGCCUUUGUUCUGUCCCGCGCUGGGCCAGCCGGUCCGCUACUCCAUCCCCGAGGAGCUGGACCGCGGGUCGGUGGUGGGGAAUCUCGCCAAGGAUCUGGGGCUCAGUGUCCUAGAAGUGUCGGCUAGGAAGCUGCGGGUUAGCGCUGAGAAGCUGCACUUCAGCGUGGAUUCGGAGAGCGGGGACUUACUGGUGAAGGACCGCAUAGACCGCGAGCAGAUAUGCAAAGGGAGGAGAAGGUGUGAGCUGCAGUUGGAAGCUGUGCUAGAAAACCCUUUAAAUAUUUUUCAUGUCGUUGUGGAGAUUGAGGAUGUUAAUGAUCACGCUCCUCAAUUCGAGAAGAAAGAAACGCGUUUAGAAAUCUUAGAAUCUGUGUCGAUUGGUACACGAAUACCUCUUGAGCCUGCCACUGACCCGGACAUAAAUUUGAAUUCAAUUAAAGAUUACCAGAUAAGCCCCAACCCUUAUUUCUCGUUAAUGGUUAAAGUUAAUCCUGAUGGUGGCAAAACCCCAGAGUUGUCUCUGGAGAAACUCCUAGAUAGGGAAGAACAGAGCUCUCAUCGCUUGAUACUGACUGCCUUGGAUGGAGGGGACACGCCCCGCAGUGCUACCACUCUGAUAGAAAUAUCUGUAAAGGACAUCAAUGACAACCCUCCAGUGUUUAGCAAAGAGGAAUAUAGGAUCAGUGUUAGUGAAAAUCUGCCCCCAGGAUCGUCUAUAUUGGAAGUGACAGCCACUGAUGAGGAUGAGGGUGUCAACGCUGAGAUACGUUACUACUUUCGGAACACUGCCCAGAGUACAAGACACGUGUUCUCACUAGAUGAGAAAACAGGCGUGAUCAGAAAUAACCAGUCGUUGGAUUUUGAAGACAUAGAGGGAUACACCAUGGAAGUGGAAGCAAAGGAUGGCGGUGGUCUCUCUACACGGUGUAAAAUCGUCAUAGACGUCCUAGAUGAAAAUGACAACAGUCCAGAAAUAAUCAUCACCUCCCUUUCUGAUCAUAUCUUGGAGAAUUCUCCUCCGGGAGUGGUGGUUGCCAUCUUCAAAACGCGAGAUCGGGAUUUCGGAGGAAACGGAGAAGUCAAGUGUGAUCUAAGCAAAGACCUGCCUUUCAAGCUCCAGGCUUCUUCUAGUAACUACUACAAGUUAGUAACCGACGGAGCCCUAGACCGAGAGCAGAACCCACAGUACAAUGUCACCAUCACAGCCACGGACAAAGGCAACCCAGCCCUUUCUUCCAGUACAACCAUCGCUCUGCACAUCACUGACGUUAACGACAACGCUCCUGCUUUCCAGAAGUCUUCCUACGUAGUCCACGUGGCAGAAAACAAUCCGCCUGGAGCCUCCAUCGCUCAAGUCAGUGCCUCCGACCCGGAUUUGGGAUCCAACGGUCAUGUCUCCUAUUCCAUCAUAGCCAGCGACCUGGAGCCUAAAUCGCUGUGGUCCUACGUGACCAUAAACGCGCAGAGCGGAGUGGUGUUCGCUCAGCGUGCCUUCGACCAUGAGCAGCUGCGCUCCUUCCAGCUGACACUGCAGGCGCGCGAC